UUUAUUUUAUUAAAAAAAUAAUUAAUUAAUUGAUCUUUGGUUCAAGUUUAGAUUGCUUAAUUUCACUCUCAUACAGAUAAUGGAAAAAUGGAAAAGCAAGAGAUAGAUUCUUAUUCAACUGGGGUUUUUGAGAUACCCUGAGAAUCUGCCAUCAUCAUGCAUGAAAGCACAUGAAUGAGAAUCAUACAAGCUCUGCACGGAGCCAAUGGGCUCGACUGUGGCUUCUAUGGCCGCCUCAUUCAGGUCUGCACCAAUCGUCGUUUGGUCCGCCAAGCCAGACAGCUUCAUGCCCGCCUUGUCCUUUUCUCUGUUGUCCCUGAUAACUUCCUAGCAUCAAAGCUCAUUGCUUUGUACUCAAAAUCUCAAAGUUUAAAUGAAGCCCGCAAUGUGUUUGAUCGAAUUCCUCACAGAAACACUUUCUCUUGGAAUGCUAUGCUCAUUGCUUAUUCAUUUCAUAAUAUGCAUAAUGACAUGUUAAAUCUGUUUACUUCACUAGUGUCAUCUUGUUCAACUGAUGUGAAACCUGAUAAUUUUUCAGUUACGUGUGUUUUGAAGGCGCUGGCAUCUUUACCUUUUGAUGUGAGAUUGGCUAAGGAAGUCCAUUGUUUUGUUUUACGACAUGGGUUUGAUUCAGAUAUGUUUGUUGUGAAUGCUUUGAUUACAUGCUACUCUAGAUAUGAUGAGCUCGGUUUAGCACGAGUCUUGUUCGACAGAAUGUCUUUGAGGGAUAUAGUGUCGUGGAAUUCGAUGAUUGCAGGAUAUUCUCAGGGUGGAUUUUAUGAUGAGUGUAAGGAACUGUUUAAGGAGAUGUUAGGUUCGGUUGAGUUGAAGCCUAAUGCAGUGACAUUGGUUAGUGUCUUGCAGGCAUGUGGGCAGUCCAAAGAUCUUAUUUUUGGAAUGGAGGUUCACCGCUAUGCGAAUGAGACUCAAAUGGACGUGGAUAUUUCGCUUGGUAAUGCACUUCUUGGGUUUUAUGCCAAAUGUGGUAGCUUGGAUUAUGCUCGAGAUUUAUUUGAAGGGAUGAGCCUAAAAGAUGAAGUAUCUUAUGGCUCAAUGAUUUCAGGGUAUAUGAUUCACGGGUUUGUUGACGAUGCAUUGGAUCUUUUCCAAAGCAAAAUGGAAAAUCUGGGAUUAAGCACAUGGAAUGCAGUGAUAUCAGGUUUGGUUCAGAAUAAUCAGCAUGAAAGAGCCUUAGAUAUAUUCCAAGCAAUGCAGGGAAAUGGAUUAAGACCAAACACUGUAACACUUUCAAGUAUUCUCCCAACAGUUUCAUAUUUAUCAUAUCUGAAAGGAGGUAAGGAAAUACAUGCCUAUGCUGUUAGAAAUGGUCUUGAUCAGAAUAUUUAUGUUGCAACUGCUAUUAUUGAUACUUAUGCAAAGUCAGGGUUUCUUCAAGGGGCUCAACGGGUUUUUAAUAGAUCGAAAAGUAAGAGUUUGGUCAUUUGGACAUCGAUAAUCUCAGCAUAUGCUGCACAUGGAGACGCCGAUACAUCUCUUCGUCUUUUUAAUGAGAUGGUGAAUAAUGGAAUUCAUCCAGAUGAAGUAACAUUUACAGCGGUAUUAACAUCCUGUGCUCAUUCUGGAGUAGUAGAUGAAGCUUGGAAGAUAUUUGGAUCCAUGUUGCCAAAAUAUGACAUCCAACCCUCAGUAGAGCAUUAUGCUUGCAUGGUAAGCGUUCUUAGCCGAGCAGGGAAGCUUUCCGAAGCAGUAGAGUUUAUUUCGAAAAUGCCAGUUGAGCCAAGUGCAAAAGUCUGGGGUGCAUUGCUCAAUGGUGCCUCAGUAUCCGGAGAUGUUGAAUUAGGGAAGUUUGUGUUUGGUCGUUUGUUUGAAAUUGAGCCUGAAAAUACUGCAAACUAUAUUAUGAUGGCAAAUUUAUAUGCACAAGCCGGGAGACCUGAUGAAUCUGAUAAUAUCAGGAAAAGAAUGACUGAAAUUGGGUUAAAGAAGGUUGCUGGCAGUAGCUGGAUCGAAACAAAUGGUGGAUUGUAAAAUCUCACUGCAGGCGAAUGUAUCAACUUGAAAAUUUUCGCUAAGCUUUUCUCACUGUGCUUUUCUACAUAGUUAUGUGAACGUUGAAUAUUUUAAGGACUGCAAUUCCUGAACUAUUAUCAUGCUUUUGCUGUAUAGAAAAUUUCUAACUUUUUGAAUAUACAUUUAUAUUUGUCGGUAUCACCGCGUUGGUGCAUUUUGCUCCUCCCUAGGCUUAUGAUCAGGCAUUUUAAGGUGAUCACCAGAAAGGGUGGGCUUUAUAGGUUGGAGAAGGUUGCGAAAUCAAAGCGGGACAUUGUAGCGCGCCUCAUGAUGGAAAAACAGUAUUGAUCUCGAACGGUGUGUUCCUCGAAUGAGUUCUAGCAUUGGCCUUGUUCUAUUUUGUGGGACGUGGUGUUGCAUUGUACUAGACUGUGUGGCUUUGUGAUUUGCUUCUAAACAACUACUUCAAGUAAUCUGGCUAAAUGCAAUUGCAGAAGAUGUUGCACGCUUUCUGCCUGGUUGCGAAUUCGAUGCAUCUUCCAUCCAGAUUUUUCUCAAAGCAACUCUACAGUUCCUUACUCAAAUUCGAUCGAGCAACGAGUUGUUUCAUCAACAAGAACAAUGGAUUCUGUCUGAAUAACCAAAUCAAGUCUUGGUUCGUGUACUCUGGUGAUGGCUCUUUUUGCAGCAUGAUAGGAGUUCAUAGGAUUGAACCAGUUUCUACUUAGCUAUAGAUAUUGUGCCUUGAUGUAAUUCAUCAGGAAUCAAGUUUUAAGAGUCUUCUUUUCAUGAAUGUUCUUUUUUUUGGAACAAUGAUAAUAGAGCAAAACAAAAGCAAUUAUUGAAAAA